AGUGGCAAUCUGCCGCUACCGGAAGUCCACAUUAACAUACCGGAAGUAGGGGAACAUUCCUCGGUGAUUUUUCGAACCGUUCAGACUCAAAUUAAGGAACUCUUAUCUACCUUAUUUUCUUCUCAACGACACCGAACCAUGGAUAGAUAGUGUUUAUUUCAUUGAUAUACGGAUGUGGUCCCAGUAGAAGAUAAGCCCUCAUACCAUUUUCCAGAUCAGACUAUCAUCCAGGACCCAAAAGUAACAUCAUUUUGCCCCUCGUGAACCUCCAGAGUCCCUCCACUUUUCCUGCUGCCACCAGCAUGGCUAACAGCACCACAACUGCAGUGAAGGUUAUGAACCCUGGUGCUGCUGGCAGAAGUAGUCCAGAGGGAUCCCAGGUGCUCAGCAAGAAGAAGCUGCAGGACCUGGUGAGAGAGAUCGAUCCCAAUGAGCAGCUGGAUGAAGACGUUGAGGAGAUGCUGCUACAAAUCGCAGAUGACUUUAUAGAGAGUGUGGUGACGGCAGCUUGUCAACUGGCACGACAUCGCAAGUCAAACACAUUGGAGGUGAAGGACGUUCAGUUACACCUUGAGCGUCAGUGGAACAUGUGGAUUCCUGGUUACGGCUCAGAUGAGAUCCGGCCAUUUAAGAAGGCCUGCACCACAGAGGCUCACAAACAGAGAAUGGCGCUGAUCCGCAAGACAACCAAAAAGUAGCAAGACUUUACACUAAGAAGUUGUACUCACACUGUGUACUGUCUGUUCUUUUUGUUUGUUUUUUUGUUUUUGUUUUUUUCCCCUUAAACUUUUUUUGAUUUUGUUUUUUGGACUAAUGAAGACGAAUAAAUACUUUGGCUUUUUUUUUUUUUGUCAUUAUUUUUAGAUAGUGUUUUUACUGUCAUAACCCCCCUAACGUUUGAGUGUUCUGCCAGCACCAUCACAAAAUGAUAAAAGUCACGUCUCUGAUUAUAUUUUGUUGCCAUUAAGCUAAGCCUGGCAGAACUCGAUUCAUUUCUUUUUUGUCAAUAAACAUUUACUGAAAAACGUC